AUGGUUGGCUCUAGCCCUGCAAAAAAACUGGAUGUGGACAAGACAAAAGAUGGCAGCUGGAAGUCUACACUCUACCUUGGAUCCAUUGCCAGCUUAGCAGUGCUUGUCUUUAAUACUUUCGCAGCCUGGGCUGCUGCCAGCUAUACUGGUAGCGAUGGUACAGGAGUACUAUUUCAAGGCGAAUGCCGAAAAGCGCGAAAUAUCAACACAGGCUUCCACUUGGUUAUCAACAUCCUUGCAACACCUGUCCUUAGUGCGAGCAGUUACGGAAUGCAAUGUUUGAGUGUACCGACUAGACUGGACCUGGACCGCGGAGAGUCGUUGGACAUUGGAAUCCUUAAUAUGCGCAAUCUGUCUCGCAUACCACGGAAGAAGCUCGCCUUAUGGGUCUGUCUGGCUACCUCGUCUCUUCCAUUACACCUACUGCAUCCGAUAUAUAGGUAUAACUCCACUGUUUUUAUCACAACAGGUGCCUUCGAGUACGAAGUUAUCGUUGGGAAUCAAACAUUCAUCGAGCUCAGCCCUACAGCCUUGACACAGGAGGACAGGAUCCAUACGGGUACGGAGCUACGUCCCUCGUUCGAAGACCUACGCAACCAACCGGCCAAUGGCAAUUUUCACCAGUUGGACAACUUGGAUUGCAUCAACGCAUAUGGCGUCAGUUUCCAGUCCACUUACGGGACCCUGUUGCUGGUUUGUGACACUGCUCAGCCACAUGAAGGCUACUUCGAAGUUGUCGCUGCAAGCUCUGUGGAUAUAGUUAAGGAUUCGUGGCAGUGGAUGUUCAGGUUCAAUGACGUUUUGUACGGUUUCGAUCUAGAUAAAUUUCGCGCGCACUCCGACAACCUAACCAUGGAAGUUUACACCGGGGACUCAUUUGUGGAAUACAAAGUCGAUUACUGUCUUGCACAGAAGGUCCCUGAAAUAUGCAAGGUCAAGUAUAGUCUACCUUUGUUAAUAGUGGUCAUUGUCUUCAACAUCAUCACGGCCGGGAUCCUCUGGGGCAUUACAGUAACCAUCAACUACGUGCCCCUCCUGACGACCGGGGAUGCCAUGGCUGAAUUCCUAAAGAGGCCCGAUUCCUCUACACUUGCACGAGAUCAAUGGAAAUACAACCAGGAGCGUCAAUAUUGGUACACAGUAUUGUCGAAGAGGCGAAGGGCUGGCUGUGCUUUUCUGUUUCUUGGAAGCAUUAUCGCGAGUAUCAUUCUUCUUGUCUACACCGGUUACUCCGACCAAAAUGGUGGAUUUUCACUUGGCUGGGCUCUUGGUAUUGGUGCCGCCGAUACUCGGUAUUUGAUACAGGGAAAACAUCACCCGUCAACAGUUUCCGCCAACACCAUCAUGGCCAAUACGCCACAAGUCGUGUUUUCUAUUCUGUAUUUUGCCUUUAACGGUGCCUUGACGGCAAUGGCCCAAGAAAACGAGUGGAGUCAAUACGCUGUGGAUCGCAAGAGUUUACGAGUUUCGACCGUCGCAAAGGGCGAACAGAGAAGCACUUAUUUUCUAUCGCUACCUUACCGAUAUUCUAUCCUUCAAUUAGUUUUCUCUAUCGUCCUACAUUGGCUGAUCUCCCAGAGCCUCUUCUUCGUCAAUGUGGAAGCAUACUCUCCGACGUUGGUGCACAUUGAGGAUCACAGUUUUAUAACUUGUGGAUAUUCACCUCUCGGUAUUGUUUGUACGAUCGUAGUGGGAUCCCUGAUGGGACUCUACUUGGCGGGCUUAGCGCGCUUUAAAACGUUCAAAUCCGGCAUGCCCAUCGCUGCUAGCUCCAGUCUGGCUAUCUCCGCUGCAUGUCACCCCUAUCCGUCUCUUGAAGAAAGCGGGGACACGCAUACGAAUUCGGGAACAGAGAUGAAGCGACUGCAAUGGGGAGUCGUGGCUGCUAGAUAUCAGGAUUCGGAGCACUGUUCUUUUACCGAUGAAGAGGUUAGCAUGCCAGUUCACCGACGUACCUAUACGUGA